UGCUUCACCAGGGGGCUGGGAACACGGUCCGCCCCGUUGAAGGGUUGGGAGGCCCUCACCCUGGUAGGAGAAGGGCCCAUUCUCGUUCCUGAGGUGAUGGCGGCGGGAGGGGGUCGUUUCCCUGCCUCCCACCUCCACGUCGGCGGGCCAUAGAUGCCCCCACCCUGCUCAGGAAAAUAGAGGCUGUUUGGUCACCAGAGAAGCAGGGAGCGACGUCGGUUCUCCCUCUCCAGUGGGGGUCGGAGAGAAUGGAGGUGUAGGUGGAUGGAGAAUGCCUCUGCCUUCGACCCCAUUACGGCUGUUGCCUGGGAGGAGAUCGCUGUCUUCAGGAAGGUGGGAGUCAAUCAUUUUGACAAGUCUCCCAAAAGGAACAGCUAGCAGGAGCUGAAGCUUUUCCCAUUUGGUCUCACGGCAAAGGCAAAGAUCACGCCAGCAGCUCCAUACAAUAUGAUGUGCUCACUAGUGCCCUCUGGACAGUCUUUUGGUACUUCUCUCUUGCCUAAAGAUACUGCCUCAUUUUCUUGUGGUUCCUUGGAUGAGGAUGAGUUGGAUGACUCCUUGCUGGAGCUGUGUGAUGGAGAAGAAGAUGAUGGCAAUUUAAGUUUAACUGAGGAAGAGAUUGAGGAGUUCUUAAGGGAUGAUGACUCAUCAAAUGAGAACUCUUCUGGGAGAGAAGGGUUGCUUAAAGAUGACAGCAGGCAUGUUGAAAAGGGAAGGAGAGGGAGUCAAAUUCUGCCUGACACUCCCCAAGAGAAAAAUUCAUUGUGCAGCUUGGGACCAGUAGCUGAGACCGCUGGCCUCUUCAAACUACCUCAUCUAAGUACAUCAGUUGGUCAUGGACCGACUCCUAUUAAACCAUUAAACAGACUCUUUGCACUAGAAAAGAAUCUUAUAAAAAUAACAGUUGUUGCACCAUUUGAUCCAACAGUUUGUGAUACUGUGCUUGAUAAGGACAAGACUGAUUCAUCCAAAGAUUCUGAAAAACCCUUUUCCUUUGGGGAAGAGAUGAGAAAAGAUGAUCUUAGCCCAAAUGAGAGCAAACUUCACACUGAUUCUGAAGGCAGCCCCAGUAACUCUACUUGGGAUGGGCCCCUGCUUCCUUCUCCUUCAGACAAUAACUUUCAACAAACUGUCUCUGAUAAAAAUAGGCCUGACAGUACAAAACCUACACCUGAAUUCUCUCAGAUCUUGCACCACUCAGAGACUCCUAAUAUGGGGUCAUCCUGGAGAAAUGGAUCGCAUAAAUCAACUUGUGAAAUGAGGUUUCCAGUUAUUUCCAGUUCUUCAAACAAAGAUGUUCUUGACAAGGAUUCUGGGAAGCUGAAAGUCCGUGAGAGAAGACUAGGCAAAGUCAUUCCUGUUCUGCAAGCCCAAACAAGGACUAAUGAGUCAACGUUUUCACAAUCAGAUCUAGAAGAGCAGAAGCAAAGUUACCUCAGGAGUGUCAUUGCUCACAUAGAAGACCCAGUGGACUCUAACCAAGGCACCUUGAGGGAGCUGUGUGCCUUGAUGGAUCAAGUUCAUCAUAUGCAGAACCAAAAAUGGCAGCAUCCCUCGGACCUCACCACACGAAAUUAUGCCCGAUUCCGACGUUCUCUGCAAAGAUACAGUCUGACUCAGUGGGUUGACAGGAACAUGCGAAGCCACCAUCGGUUCCAGCGGCUCUCAGAUUUUCCGUGCAGUCCAUUUGUCUCAUCCCCUCAGCAGUAAAGGUUCCUAUCCAGGGUCCUGUCCAGAGCAGUAUCUCAUCUUCUGCUGUUUUGUGCUUUGUAGAUUUUGAGUUUUAUUUUUCACAAGAUUUUUAUUUAAAGAAUUUGUCACCUUUAAGAAAUGCCCAUUGCUGACUUGAAUUUUUUUGUAUAAGGUCCUUCCUGUUCGUGUAUGUGUAUAAGCAGUAAUAAGUUGAUAUAGUUUUUAUUUUUUAAUUUAAGUUGAAGGUGGCUGCCUCCUGAACGCCAUCAUUAAGCCAAAACACACUGGCUCAAGCCAAACGCCUGCCUCUGUGCAGAGGUGAAGCCUGCUUCUGGUGCCCAAAAGAAAUGAUAUUUUAAUGUCUAAGGAAGAGAUUAUCAGGCUGCAAGCCAGUGUUUAUUAUUGCUGAUGACUUAAAAAUGGAUCUAAGUCACUUUUAACAGCCCCUCUUACUUUUUAUUUGAAUCUCUGAAUAUCUAUCAGUAUUUGAAAGUUGGUAAUCCAGGACAUUGGAAGGAGGCUGGAGCAAGAAAAAAUACUGUUCAAAGGACAAAUUGAAAGUGUACAUUUUCUCUUCUUUUUGUCCUUACUAGCUGCCUUUAUUUUUUGGCUGUUUUUUUUCAUUCUUCAUUAAAUUUGUUGUGCACAAUAGUGCUUACAAAUCUUCUACAUCUUAACUCUGAUAGAAGACUGCUGACUAACUCCUGUUGAUUUGUGGUCUUGUGACUGUUCAUCUCUGCCAUUCUUCAAGGCUUUUCCAUCUUUUUUCUCCAGUGACACUGCUCCGUAGGGUUCUGUCAGCAUAUUCCUGAAUCCUGUUAUACAUAGAUAAGCCUCUUAAGAAUAGCCUUGCUGCUCUCUUUAUUGAAGAGUUGCCCACCCAGAGUCUUGACUCUGGAACAGGCCAGAAAGCCAGUGCUAUUGUCAGUUGAUCUUCAGUUUUCUAGUCUCAUCUCCUGAACCCCAAAUUCAAGUAUGAGUUGUGUUAGUGGGUGAGCUUCCAUCCUGUGGGAGAGACCUUGGAGAGGUGCUCUUUUGUCUCCAUUAUCAUUUUACAAAAGGUGCCUUUAGACCCAGGAUGUUGCCAUCUCCUCAUCUGGUCAGACCUCUAAUACAGUUUCACAAGACUGCAAAAGUGGAUCUAAUGUAGUUGUGAUUAAGCCUGUGCACAAAAGCAUUACCUGACCUUAUGGCUUGGUGGUCUAGCCCAAGUUGACAGACUUUGUGCAGCCAUAUUAAUGGAUAUCUUAGAGUUUAUUUUCUUUCCAGACAGCUGUGGGCAUCUUUGGGGAGAUUUUGCAGUCCAGCAUUUGUGCUGCUGUUGUCGCCUGUCUGAAGGCUGUAUGUAAUUGCUGUAGUGCAGCCUGUGGUCCUAGGCUGGCUGCCUCUGUCUGAUUUGCUUCAUCAGCCUCAUCUUUGUAUGUGAGUAAUCCAUCUUAAACAUCCUACCCUGCUUCAGAAACUGACUUGGGAAAAGCUUGGUGGUUUAAGACACCAAUAAACUUAGAUGGAUGUCCCUACGUGUUUACUGUUCUUACCCAGGUGAGAGUUCUCUUUUCCUUGGACAUUUGGUUUAGAUUCUGGGACCAAAAUGGAAAGAAGUUCUGUUCAAAGGCAAGAGUCAAAAUCUGUUAGUUCAGUUGGCAUAAUUGACAUUUACAUCAUCACUUCUCCAAGUUUCCCUAAAUUAGCUUGAUGGAGUGAGACCAGCAAACAUCCACCUUUGGAACCAUAGCAUAGUUAAAAUUGUAGCUGGAAUAACUAGAUGUUCAGCUGCCUGCUUCCCCACAGGUAACCCAAGGAGUGAAGGGACAGGAUUUCGCUUAGGCAAAAAUCUGUACAACUCAUGUUCUUACCUCUCUGGUACCAGAGGUUUAAGUCUGACCGUGUAAUAGAAGCACUGCCUUUGCCAAAUCAAACAAGUGACAGGUUAACUAGAAAAUGUGACAAUCACAUUUCCUCUUUGCUCAAAUAAUUGUUUUUCCAAAGCUUUCCCAGCUUAAUGAAAUCUGUUGGACUGGGGGAGGAGAGAACUGUUCUCCAGCAGUUAACAUGGUACUCUUUAAGGAGAAAAAGCCAAAGAAAACUCAUCAGGCCUGUUUACCUAAAAGACGGUAGUGGGUAAAAUCUGGAGUUUCUAAAGCUGCGUCUCUCAUAUUUGGUGUUGGUCUCUAAGUCUAAUGUUCCAUGUGGAAUUCUUGCUAUGUUGUUUUAUUGGAAUAAGGGUUAUGUGCAUUUAACUGCCUACCUAGCUCUCAUCAUGACGACAUUCUCACCACAGGGGUCUUGACAGAGCAAAGUAAAAAUGUGCUGUUUACAUAGUUUACUUGUAAGCAAAGCGCCUGAAAUAACCUGUAGUUUUGCAUCUAAUGCAGGCCCUGAUUUACUUGAGUUGUCAGGAUCAAUUAUGAAACUGAAGUUUGGUGCCUCUUUAUCAUGUUUUUUCUCUUGUAGCAGUUGUGUUUAAUGUCAUUAAAAAGAAAUAAAAGUUCUUGUCAGUG